AUGUCGAUCUCAGAGGAGCUAGCGGCGUCGCUGGGAGUGGCUCCCUCCCUGAUCACCCUCCUGCUCUGCCUCUUCUCGUCCAUCCCCGCGGCUCUGGUCGUGCGCUUCCUCCCGGGUCCCACAUUGAAGCAUCUCUACAGCAUUGCUGCCGGAGGGGCUCUCUGCUGGGUGGCGUAUGGCGGCCUUCACGGCAAGUCGAGCCUCAAUUUCUGGGGCCUAACCCUCGCGUCGUACGCGCUCAUGCUCGCCCUUCCUCGCAAGUGGAGCGGUUAUGGCGUGCUCUUCGGCUCCUUCACCUACCUCACCUACUGUCACAUAAGCAACCUGGGAGCGGACGUGUGGAGGCAGGGAGGCGUGGACUUCACGGGCACGCUCAUGGUGUUCACGCUUAAGAUCUCUGGGUGCGCCAUGGACUACCAGGACGGCGCGCUGCCGGAGGACAAGGCGCAGCACCGCAUGUACAGCAACAGGCUGGCGCGGCUGCCGUCGGUGGUGGAGUUUUUGUCGUUCGUGUUCUUCCCAGGCGCCGCCCUCGUGGGACCCGUGUUCAACCUGAAGCAGUACCAGGCGUAUGCUGCCGGGCAAGGGCUAUGGUCGCCAUCUGGAGCCGUGGUGCCAAGCAAGGCAGCUGAUACCAGCAAGGGGGAGGAGGGGAAGCUGACGCAGAACGGGAACGGGGAGGCGGACAGGGCGCAGGGCGAGAGCAAGGGCGAGGGGAAGGGCGAGAGCAAGGGCGAGAGCAAGGGCGAGGGGAAGCUACGAAAGAUGCCGGAGCCGCUGCCGUAUGCAGCACAGGCGCUGGGGAAGGCGAUCAUCUGCCUGGCGAUGCACCACUUCCUCUCCCAGCACUUCGGCCCUGCCCUGCUCUUCCAGCCCCGCUUCCUCACCUACGGUUUUGCAUACAAGUGGGGCCACCCGGUAAGGGCGAGUAUCUGCUUCCGAUGCUCAGGUCAGGUGGCUUAUGAGUUGACUAGAAAAUCCUCGUCCAUCUCCCCUCACAUCACAUCACAGGUGGGGCUGCCUGGUGAUGACGGGUAUCUGCUUCCCCUGCUCCUGCUACUUCAUCUCUGCGCUUCUCCCACCCACCCUUACCCACCCUUCUCUCCUACGUCUCCUGGUCCCAACCCCCUCUGCCCCACAGGUGGUUCUGCUUGGUGGUUCUGCCUGGUGGUGGCGGGCAUCUGCUUCCGCUGCUCCUACUACUUCAUCUGGAGUGUGGCAGAGGCUGCUGUGAUCCUCUCUGGAUUCGGCUUCUCCGGCUGGACCGACUCCUCACGUCCAGACUGGAGCCGGGCAGAGAAUGCAAAUUUCAUCAAGUGUGAGAUCACCACGAGUCUGGCGCAGAUGCCUGCCUACUGGAACAUGGGCGUCGGCACGUGGCUCCGCACCUACGUGUACGACCGGGUGACACCUCGCUCGGGCAAGCCCACCAUGUGGACGCUCGUUUUCACUCAAGUCGUCUCCGCGCUCUGGCAUGUGAGUCGUCUCCGCGCUCUGGCAUGUGAGUCGUCUCUGCGCUCUGGCAUCACUACCAUCGGCUGGUUUAGUCCUACCGCACUCCACCCCCUUGUACCCAUACACCUUUCGCCCCCCUCCGUCUCCUUGCAGGGUCUUCACCCAGGCUACUACCUCUUCUUUUUCAAUGCCGCCAUCGGCUCGUCAGUCUCGCAUCCCCCAUCCAACCCUCAUCCAUCCCUUCUUCCGCCACUCUCCCUCCCCUCCCAGGGUCUUCACCCCGGCUACUACCUCUUCUUUGUCAACGCCGCCAUCGGCCAACACACCUCCAAGCAGGUGUUCCGGCACACGGCAGCAGCGUUCCCGAAUCAGUCAGCAGCAGUGAAGGUCACCAUUGACGUGAUGCAGGCCGUGUUCAAGCAGCUCAUCAUCAACUACUCCAAUGCUGGCUUCCUGGUGCUGCAAUGGGGGCAGACCAUAGCGGUGUGGCGGUCGCUCUUUUUUAUGGGCACCGUCGUCCCCAUUCUUCUCAACGUGCUGCUGUCCGUCAUUCCCACUCGCUCCCGACGCCACAAGAAGGUCGAAUAA